AAGCUUGGGAGAGCGUCUCGGGCUCAGCUUGAGAUGAAGAAAUCUCUGAUUCACACAACGUGUCUGACUCCCUUUGCUUUGCUUAUUAGCUUUUGUCAUAUAAUUUCGUUCCUCUUCCUCGUCAUCCCCAUCCCCAUACACAAACAUUUCCGACCAGAUAUAAACCAGACACACAGAGAAAAUGUAUAUUUUUAUUAUUUGUAUGAAUUGGGUAGGUGAAAAAUGGCGAGCUCAGUAGAGAGGGAGGGUGCAAGAGAGGAAGUUGUUUCCGUGGAACUCCCUGCACCUGCUGGCUGGAAGAAGAAGUUCUUUCCCAAGCAAGGUGGAACCCCCAAAAAAAAUGAGAUCAUAUUUACAUCUCCAACAGGAGAGGAGGUUGUUAGCAAAAGACAAUUGGAACAGUACCUGAAAGCACACCCUGGUGGUCCAGCAGUUUCUGAAUUUGAUUGGGGCACUGGUGAGACCCCAAGGAGAUCAGCAAGGAUUAGUGAGAAGGUCAAAGCAAGUCCCCUGCCAAAAAGUGAGCCACCGAAGAAACGGAGUAGAAAAUCAUUAGAUUCAAAGAAGGAUAACGAAGACAAAGAAGCUGCACCUGAAGGAGCUGAGGAGACAAAAGAAGUUCACACUCAAGAUGCUGAAAGAAUUGAAAAGGCUAAUGCAGAUACCAAAACAGAAGCUGCUCGUCCUAAAGAUGGUAAAGUUGGAGAAGUUAUUAUACCUAAUGAUGCUGAAGAAAGCAAGAAAACUGCUGAAGCAGAGCUGGAAAUUUCAAAAGGAACACUUGGUGGAAAGGAAGCUGAGGUUUCUGAAGUAACUCAAGAUGAAAAUGAGAAGUUGAAGGGUGCAAAUGUUCAAGAGAAGGACCUGGAACCACAAGUUGAGGCGGAGAAAGAAGAUGGGUCUCGGCAGCAGGACAAAACUGACACGGCUGCUGCUGGUGAGGGAGAGUAUGAAGUGAAAGAAGAGGGCAAAGAGAAAGAUAAGAUAAGUCCUCUUGAAUCUGAAGGAGAAAUCAAGGAGAAAUCAGUUACAGGGAGCAAGGAUGAGCACAAAGCAGUUGUUAAUGAAAACAGCAACAAGGUUGAAGAAGUUACUGAAAAUGGCAGCCACUACACCAAGGCACGCGAGGUCAAGCCUUGAAUAUAAAGUUGGCUAACUGGAUGCUGGCUUCUCUUCCCCUUAGAUCUGCGGGAAGAUAACUGUAGCUUAAAUGUUGUUAAUGCUGUUAAUGCUGUUAAUGUUAGUGAUCUCAUUGUUCAUUGAGACAUCCAUCUAUACAUUCGUAGACUAGGCCUAUAAUGUACCAUCUGUUGUUGUACUGGGAAACAUGUAGCUUGCAGUGACCUUUUGUAACAUUGUGUUGUAAAAAUAAUUGUAAUGUGAUACUGUUAUGCAGUCUUGUAUUAA